AUGAAAGAGAGUUAUUACCUCUUCACAAGCACACAACCGAAGUCUGGAAAUCUCAAAUCAGACAUUACUGAUAUGGUAAUCUGGGUGUUUGUUGAGAAAUCCUGCGAAGCCCAGCUGGCUGUUACUCCAAGUGGACAAAUUCAAACAUUUGCACCAUCGGGUCUAGAGUUAGGUCGAUUCUUUGCUGAAGAUCUGGACCGGGACGGAAGUAGUGCUGUAAAAAAAGGAACUCUUUUGGCUUUUCUCUACUGUGUCUUGAGCCCUAAACCGGCUUUUAUCCCAAAUGACCUACCCCUCCUCCUCCCUCUCCCCAUCCUGUUCAGAUGCAGCACGCAAUACAAACUUUACCUCCCAAAUUGA